AGAAGAGAGAGAGAUUUGGGGAUAUGCUAGCGUCACUUGCGGUUGACAGAUGACCGCCGGAUUUUGCUUCACCGGCCACCGUUUCUUAUAUCCCAUCAGAACCAGAAGAACACUCACACACAUUAACAAUCUCCAAGUGAAGUAUUUAAAUUUCCAAACUUUUUAAUAUCGUUUCUGGGAUUGGUGUUUCUUCUUCCGAACGUGAAGACUCUUUCGGUGCUGUUCUUUCUCACAACCCAGGACUCACUCUUCUGUGUGUAUAAAAUACGCGAAAUGAUCAACGAUCCGUGGAACCAUUCAAACCCCUUUUCGUGAAGGUGAAAGCAUUCUGAUUUUUUGCUUUUUUGUAUCGAUUGAUCGUGAACCCAGCAGCAAUGGAGACGGCGAAAGCGAAGCCCAAGAACCGCAGCUCGAUGAAGAAACAUGUAUCCGUGACGAUGGAGCAUGUUCUGUUGGCGCUGCGUGAGACCAUGGAUGAGAGAGAGAUCAGGAUUCGUAGUUUGUUUGAUUUCUUCGACAAUUCGAAUUUAGGGUUCUUAGAUUACGCCCAGAUCGAAAAGGGACUUGCUUCGCUUCAGAUUCCUCCCGAGUACAAGUACGCUAGGGAUUUGUUUAGAGUCUGCGACGCUAAUCGUGAUGGCCGUGUUGAUUACCACGAGUUUCGUAGAUACAUUGAUGCUAAGGAGCUUGAGCUCUACAGGAUUUUUCAAGCCAUUGAUGUUGAGCACAAUGGCUGCAUUUUGCCUGAGGAGCUUUGGGAAGCUCUUGUCAAGGCCGGCAUUGAGAUCGAUGAUGAGGAACUCGCUCGUUUUGUUGAGCAUGUUGAUAAGGACAACAAUGGAACUAUAACAUUCGAAGAGUGGAGAGAUUUUCUUUUGUUAUACCCUCAUGAAGCCACCAUUGAGAACAUAUAUCAUCACUGGGAAAGGGUGUGCUUGAUAGACAUUGGGGAGCAAGCUGUUAUACCAGAUGGUAUAAGCAAACAUGGCAAAAGAAGCAGAUUACUUCUUGCUGGUGGACUAGCUGGUGCUGUUUCUAGAACUGCUACUGCACCUCUUGAUCGACUGAAAGUUGUUUUGCAAGUUCAAAGGGUGCACGCAGGGGUCCUCCCAACGAUUAAGAAGAUAUGGAGAGAAGAUAAGUUGACAGGUUUCUUUAGAGGUAAUGGGUUAAAUGUCAUGAAGGUUGCUCCUGAAAGCGCCAUUAAGUUUUGUGCUUACGAAAUGCUAAAACCCAUGAUUGGGGGAGAGGACGGUGAUAUUGGUACAAGCGGGAGGCUUUUAGCAGGUGGAAUGGCUGGUGCGCUAGCUCAAACUGCUAUUUACCCUAUGGAUCUUGUGAAGACUCGGUUACAGACUUGUGUCAGUGAAGGUGGAAAGGCACCAAAGUUAUGGAAGCUCACAAAGGAUAUAUGGGUUCGAGAGGGACCUCGGGCAUUCUACAAGGGUCUCUUUCCUUCUCUUCUUGGGAUUAUCCCUUAUGCAGGAAUCGACCUCGCUGCAUAUGAAACGUUUAAAGACUUGUCUAGGACAUAUAUUCUACAUGACACUGAGCCAGGUCCGCUAAUACAGCUGAGCUGUGGAAUGACAUCAGGAGCUCUUGGAGCAUCAUGUGUUUACCCGUUACAGGUAGUAAGAACAAGAAUGCAAGCGGAUAGUUCAGAGACGACAAUGAAGCAAGAGUUUAUGAAAACAAUGAGAGGCGAAGGUCUGAGAGGUUUCUACAGAGGACUCUUACCCAAUCUGCUCAAAGUAGUUCCAGCCGCAAGCAUCACGUACAUUGUUUAUGAAGCUAUGAAGAAAAAUAUGGCUCUUGAUUAGCCCAAAUACGUUGGUAAAAUUUUCUCCGGGUUAGAUUAUUCUUUUUUGUCCCCAAGGGUUCACUCUAGGUUAUUAUAUGUGAGAAAACAAAAACAAGACAGAGAUUGAAACAUGUCUGUUCGUUGGUGUGUUCAGUAUAACUCACUUCUCCAUAAAGGAUUUUGAAUCAUUAUAAAGUAUUAAUGAACU